AACCAUGGACCAAGAUUCCGACUACUCAUAUGAAGAACAAGGUGCUGCAGUCAUCUCACCACCGCAGAUUAAGGCAGAGAGCCCUUCCAAAGAGAUCGCGGAAGCUGACUUGAGUGCUGGAUAUGAAGGGCAUGGAGAGCCAUACAGUGAAGAGAGUGAUUAUCUUGAAGAAGACGAGAACAGCGCUUCAUCAGCAGCAGAAAGUCAGGAGCUGCGGUCGCCUUUGAAGAGGCCGUUAGAUGAUACGACAGCGAUAUAUAGGCCGUUCAAACGACAGAGAUCCGAGCUCAACUUUGGCUAUCUGGAGCUUCUCAACAAGGAGAUUCAGGAUGCUGCACAGCGGAGCUCUUUCGGCGACCAAGAGCUGCCCACCGCCGGUGCAAUUGGUCUCACAUCCUGGUCAGGGCCAGAGAAGCUGAAUUUUUUCGAUGCCGUAGCACGCCUCGGGAAACAUGACUUGCCUGGUAUCGCCGCCAAGAUUGGGAGCAAAAGCGUCGCCGAAGUCAGCCACUACCUGCACCAUCUUCAAGAAGCCAGCGAGUUGAGGCAGCAGCAAGGGAUUCGUUCCAUUUUGGAGUUUGCAGAGUAUCCUGCUGCUCUGGAGAUCAGUCAGCAGUGCUGCCAUGCCCAAGAAGAAGCUGCGGACGAGAUUUCGCUCAAGCAAGAAGCGCGUGAGGAGUUGCGGGAACAGAAUCGGUGGGGAGAUGCAUGGAACAUCACCCCAAAGGUUGCUAAGAAACUCAGCAGGGACGUUCAUGGACAGGAUGCAAACCUCUCCAAUGCGCCCCAAUUUGCUCAGCUUUUUCAUGUGUCCAAAUGGCUGGAGCUUUCAGCGCGCAUGUUUAUGAACUCUUCGGUUCCUGCCAACAACUGGAAUUCGGUUGAUGAAGAACCUCCAUCAAUGUGGGCUACAACGUUUGAUGAUUUUCACUCAUUAGCCGUAUCAGUCACUCGGAGACUUGUUCAGACGACGCUCUUUAUGGCCAUGUCCAGGAUUAGAGCGAAGAAUUCCAUGGGAAGUAACGUCAGGGCCAUGGUACAACUACAGGAUGCCGAAGCAGCCAUCUCAUCUUUGAAGAUGGCUAGCAAGUUGAAUGAAACAUGGAUCAAUAGUGCCCGAAGAUUACGACUUGAUGUUUACGAAGAUCCUCCCGAAAUAGAUGAGGAAUUCGAAGAGGAGCGCAUGUCUUAUGAAGAAGUCGAACAGGCUCUGUCUGGUGAGUGUGCGGCUGGGCCACGACAGCGAGCGCACCCAGACACCCCCUUUUCGACUCAACACAGCGUUGAAUAUGAGGAAGAUGCUUCUUCAGAUGAUCUUCUUUCCAAUUCAAGCAGAUCACCCUCUCCCACCAACGAGGAAGAGCAACAAAUCAACAUGGAGGCAAUGGAAGUGCUGGAGCAUUCGGUUUUGGACAUCCGGACCGAUAAAGCUACAAAGAAGGCUCUCAAGGCGUUCAUAGUCAUAGACCGACAAAAAGAGAGGCAAGCUGAGGAAAUUGACCAGUAUGCAAGUUACAAGGCGGAAGUCAAAAUGUGGAACUUGCUGCAGAAGAAGCCACCUAUGGACCUACCUAAGAAGCAUGAUCCUGGCCCUCCUCGACGGUCAAACCAGACCAUGGACACCUUUUAUCCAAGUGGGCGAGAGUGGGCACGCAAGCUGUUGUACUAUAGCGAGUGGGAA